AACUGUUCCAACGCUCCCGGUGUUUUUUCACUGGAACCUGGGGGGCUCGAUCAGUUUCGUUCACCACCACAAAGCCUAGAGUCCGGCCGUGCUCGUUUCUACCCUUUUGGGUUGCUCAAUCACCCUACGAGUUACAAGUCCGUCUAUCCCCUUGUCUUUCUCGAGGUUCUUCGUUCGCUCGAUACGGAGCAAUCAUGAAGCAGCGGUCAACUUUCAUCGUCUCUGAGUCCCACGGGACUCUCCCGGAGAACCUUUCCCUCAACAAAGACUCCUUUGUGAUAAAAGCGCUGCCACCAUCUGCUGUGCGUGAAGACCGGUUUACGUUCGGCGUCCACGAGCUCCCGGCCGAGAUCCAGGAUGUUUUAAGCUCAUGUAGGGAGGUUCAUUUAAAAUUCGCGAGCGGAGAUAUCUAUGAAUCCAUUGAUCCGUACAGUUCAAGGACUCCUGGCGGUUUACAUAUAUUUUUGUCACCCGAGCAGGGAACUUCUCCAGACUCUAUUUGCCUGCUUCUUGAGAAGGUCUUCGGUGUAGAUCAUUGUCGGGAUCUCAAGUCUUCCUUUAUUAAGAUACCCGGAAGCUAUCAGUUCUACUCCCCAUUACGCUCAGCUUCAGCAUUCGUCCAGUACCUGCGAAAUCAUCUCUCUGAGAAAGAUAUUGUGCGACGAGCUGAGGUUCAUUCAUUGGAAAGUGCUGAAUAUAUCGACGUGACGUACGACGCUAUUGCCCAAACGCUGGUGCUGUCGAGUGUACAUGCUCCAAACCAUCCAAAAUGGGACGGGUUGUCAAUAACCAGUACAAAAACCUCUGAUGUCGAGCUUGGGGUCUUGGGGAACGUAGCCCCAAUGGAAGAGGAAGGUCUCACAUUGGCUGGCUUCAUAGCUGAACUUGGCGAGAGCGAUGACUUUGAACCAACAAUGUUUUCAUUUGCCUCUCGCCAUCAUCGCUCAGAGUCGACCUUUAGCAUCACCACAGCGCUUCCACCGGGCCUACACCCUAAGCUCAAGCUCUCUAUUCAUGCCCCAGUGAUACCACCUUCGAACAGGGGCAAGGAGUGCACGCUCAACGCGUACUUCACUCUUCCGGUAGCUUUGUUCAUCGAUAAAUAUCAACUUUCAUCAGAUAAUCAACAGCUCCUCGACUCACUAAGCAUAAAACAAAUCAAAGAAAUUUCUGGAGAAAUAGAUCUUGAAGCGCCAGUUUGGACACGGGAAAAGUGGGGGAGCCGGGUCUUAGUUGAAGUAGAUACUAAGAAGGGAGAAAACGGGGUAGAGCUAGAGCUGCCGCUACACCUACGAUACUUGGAACCCCGCUACGGCGGCACAACUACGAAGGUCGAUUUCGCUUGGCCGAGUGUGUUUUGGGCUUGUAGAAGUGAGCAUUGGAAAAAGAUGGCAGUUAACCCGUUUGACAGGUUGCAUCUAGGGUGGGAGGACCUGUUUCCUGAGCAGGUCAUGUAUUAUCAUCUCUCUCCGGCGCCGCAAGAGAGGAGUGAGGGAGCCUGGAUCAGCAUUGACGUGCCUGUGUUGGGAUUGGAAAAUGCACAGAUGAUAAAGAUUGGCACUGCCACUGUUAUCGGGCUUGGAUUUUUGUGGGUGUUGUUCAAGAUAUUAUUGGCGAAAUUUGGGAGUGCUCUGGAGAAAAAAAGGCUUAAAGGGGAGUAAUUGGCGAGGAAGGAACGCCAGAAAUUAUUUGGAGAGAAGUUGUGCAAGCAAUAAUCUCUAAACAGUAUAAUAUUAUCAUGUAUUACCAUACUCGGAAUGCUGUAGAAUAUAAUAAAUGGGUGAGAAAUGUAUGGGACAUUAUAAUCAUUA